AUCUAUGGUAGGGAUGAACAAAGAGUCAAAAGAGUUCGCGGAAGAAUUGUUUGAUACACUUAAACGUCGUCGAAACAUCACUAGUGACUCGAUUAACAAAGAAGAAUUUGACGACUUUUGUGAACAAAUUGCUGACCAAAGUUUUGAUUCAAGGCUUCAAAUUUUCUUUGAUAUGAUUGAUAAAGAUGGCAAUGGGCAGAUCAGUGAAGAUGAACUUCGGGAGAUUAUCAGCUCAAGUGCGUCUGCAAACAAGUUAUCGAACAUUAAGGAACAAGCAGGUGAAUAUGCAGCAUUGGUCAUGGAAGAAUUGGACCCAGACAAUUUCGGUUACAUCAUGAUUGAUGACUUAAAGACACUUUUGUUGCGAGCCUCGUCACAAAAUGUGGCAGGCGAAAGCAGAGAUCCAAACGGGGAGCAUAACAAAGAGCACGGAAAGGAGAAAGCUAGGAACAUGAUUCGACAAGGGUAUGAUGGUUUCAAGAAUUUUGUAGAAGAUCAGUGGCAAAGAAUUUGGGUGAUAGCACUAUGGAUUGGGGUGAUGGCUGGUUUGUUUACUUAUAAGUAUAUUCAAUACAAGAACCGAGCCGCCUAUGAUGUAAUGGGACAGUGUGUUAGUAUUGCUAAAGGCUCAGCCGAGACAUUGAAGUUAAACAUGUCUCUAGUUUUGUUACCAGUGUGUCGAAACACCAUCACAUGGCUCAGGAACAAGACCAAACUUGGUGUGGUGGUUCCCUUUGAUGAUAAUUUUAAUUUUCACAAAGUGAUUGCUGUCGGAAUCAUGAUUGGAGUUGGGCUCCAUGCUAUCACACAUUUAACAUGUGAUUUCCCUCGACUUCUUAGUGCAACCAAGGAGGAGUAUGAGCCGAUGGUACAAUAUUUUGGGGAACAACCUGAUAGCUAUUGGCAUUUUGUGAAGGGAACCGAAGGAUGGACUGGGAUCGUUAUGGUGGUUCUAAUGGCAAUAGCGUUUACACUAGCAUCCCCAUGGCUAAGACGUAGUAGACUAAACCUACCCAAACCUCUAAAGGAACUUCUAACGAAACCUAUAAAGAAAUUGACAGGUUUUAACGCAUUCUGGUACUCCCAUCACCUAUUUGUGAUUGUUUAUGGCUUGCUCAUAGUCCAUGGGAUCAAACUUUACCUCACCAAAGAAUGGUACAAAAAAACGACUUGGAUGUACUUAGCAGUUCCAGUCUUGCUUUAUGCCGGCGAGAGAUUGACCAGGACAUUAAGGUCUAGUGUCGAAUCCGUCAAAAUGUUGAAGGUGGGUAUUCACCCUGACAUGCUGGCACUUCAAAUGUCAAAGCCUGACAAAUUUAGAUACAAAAGUGGACAAUACAUGUUUGUAAACUGCAAGGCGGUUUCUCCAUUCGAAUGGCACCCAUUUUCGAUAACUUCUGCACCUGGGGAUGACUAUCUAAGCGUGCAUAUUCGGGAAGCCGGUGACUGGACCAGACAAAUAAAAAAGGUCAUCAAUGAGGUACAUUUUGUUGAUUAUUUAGGCAACUUUACCUAUUGCCCAAAUGUUAAGAUAGAUGGGCCAUAUGGUGCUCCAGCCCAGGACUACAAGAAAUACGACGUGGUGUUGCUAGUGGGAUUAGGCAUUGGAGCAACGCCUAUGAUCAGCAUCGUUAAAGAUAUCGUGAACAACAUGAAAGCCAAACAAAAGGAAGACGAGGCAAUGGAAAAUGGCACAUCAAGCUCACUAGGCACACCUGCGCCACUAUUAAAGAAAAAUACCUCUAACGACUUCAACACGAGGAAAGCUUACUUUUAUUGGGUCACACGAGAACAAAACUCGCUAGAGUGGUUCAAAGGGGUUAUGAACGACGUGGCUGAAACAGAUCAACAAGGUGUGAUUGAGAUGCAUAAUUAUUGCACUAGUGUUUUUCAUGAAGGUGAUGCUCGGUCCGCUUUCAUUGCCAUGCUUCAGUCACUUGCAUAUGCCAAAAACGGCCUGGACGUUGUCUCAGGUAGUCGGGUCAAGUCUCAUUUUGCAAAGCCGAACUGGAAGAGUGUUUAUGAGCGUAUCGCUCGUAAUCACCCUGAUCAACGACGUAUUGGGGUGUUCUAUUGUGGAGCACCAGGACUGGUCAAAGAGUUGAAACAACAUGCUUCUUAUUUUUCUCACAACAGAACUACAAAAUUUGACUUUCACAAGGAGAACUUCUAA